AGGAGCAAAUGAAAGUGGACAGACUGCUUCUAGUGUGAAACUGAAGUCAGCCUACCAACCACAGGUGACGCGCAGGAGCCCACUCUAUUACUACAGCCAGAUGAGAGCCCCUGACAAUGAGUUGCUGUGUGUGUGUGACCCAAGGAAAGCACUCUGGUAUGUGGAAAAAGGCAAAGCAAAAGUUGUAAGCGAAGAUCCUCUCGUCAUUCGACUGAACUUUGAACCUUCUGGACGACCCUUAGCUGACCGGGAUGAUAGCAGGUUCUACCUUCAAGAACGUUUAAACAACUGUGUAGUAUGUGGGAAGGAUGAAAUAUACAUCAGAAAGUACAUUGUUCCCCUUGAAUACCGCAAGCAUUUCCCAGACAUCCUGAAAAACCACCAGAGUCACGAUGUUGUGUUGUUGUGUUUGGACUGCCACAAGAAAAGCAACUUGGAGGAUAAAGUGUUACGUUACACUUUAGCAACAGAGUUUGAUGCCCCUAUUGGCAGUGAACAUAGCAAGAAAACCAGUGUGGACAGACAUCGAAUUACUGUGAAAAAUGCUGCUAAAGCUUUGGUUCACAAUAGGGUAAACAUCCCUGAGAAAAGGGUGUUAGAAUUGGAGAAUAUACUUAAGAGAUACUUGGGGACUGAUUUCAUAAGUGAAACACAGCUGAGAGAGAUGGCUCAGACAGAUUCUAAAUUUUGGAAUAAGGCCUUUCAGUCCCAUGGCCACAAAGUGUAUGAAGCUUAUGAAAAAGUUGGGCUGGUAAAGUUAAUUCAGAGAUGGCGGCAGCAUUUUCUCUCAUCAAUGAAACCACAGCAUAUGCCCAUUGGCUGGUCAGUUACACACAAUGUAUAUGCACUAAAAGUGAAGAUGAGCCAGUACCCAAUGGGUCAUCCUGAAAGGCUGAAGUACAAGGUUGCUCUUGUGGGCACAGAAGGGGCAAUUGAUAUACCUUACUUGCCAGGUAUAAGCAAAGAUGAAUCUCCAGCUGAAUCAGAGAGUGAAGAGAUGACUGCAGAAAGUUUAUCAGAUGCACAAAACCCCCCAACUGAUUUCAUAGACUGCAUCAAUGAUUUAGAAGCAGCUAAGUCAGAUUCUAUUUCAGAGGGUUGUAAGAAAGUAGAUUAUUCUUUUGAUUCUGGAUACUUCCCAGCAGCCGAUAGAAAGGUUGCUUUGGAAAAAAAUUAUGAUUCUAUGAAAACCAGUUUGCCAUUGGAUAAUGUGGGGGAGUUUACCCUAACUCACUCUGAUAAUAUAGCAGAAAACUGUGUUACAGUACGAUGUUUAGACCUUAAUGGGUCUGAAGCUAAUCACAAUACGUCCUUAGAAGAGAAUAGAAUAGAUAUGAGCCUCUAUCAUGAUUCAAAAACAAAAAAAAUACACACAACAAACACAGUGUUUGACAUUCUGUGUAGCGAUGAACUUGUACAAAAGGAAGCUCUUCUCCAGGAGAAUGAGUGAAUGUAUUGAAUAAUCUAAAUAAACUAAAUUGAUAUCUGAUAGUAAUAUGUAGGGAUUGACUUAAUAAUUAAUUAGGAAUAUUGAGAUUUUGAAGAUAUUUUAAGUAGCAUGACAAAAUUUGUAAAUAAGAUGAGUAUAUGAGACUUCUAAAUUUAUUUAUUGAGUUUUAAAAAUAUGUUGGUGUGUGGUUAUUUAAAAUGUAUUUGUACCAAAUAUAAUGUUUUUGCAGUUUGUGUAAUGACUGAUGUACAUGGUAAGAAAUUUACCCAAGAUGUAUCCCAAAUUAAAUAUAAUUAUAUUAACAUUUUGUAUUAUUAAAUUUUGAUUUUGUAUUAUUAAAUAAGGUCUUAAUCAUUUAUAUUAAAUGAAUAUGAUAUUUAGAAUGAAUCAUUGAAAAAUGUUAUUCAGUAUUUUGAAUAAAAUAUUUAAACUUUA